AUGUACGUGAGACUCAAUUUAUCAGAAUCUUUUCAACUUGAUGUCUAUAAUAUUCACCUUGAUUGGAGAAAUGGUGGAUCUUAUUGUGCGGCUCGAGGAGCAAGAGUUGAAGAGCUUCUGGAAUGUGAAUCAGGUAGACUCAAUCAAACAAUCGAAUUGAUCAAAGCAUCUGGAUUGGAUCAAAUUAAACAAAACGAGAAACCGAAGAUCAUUCUUGGGGAUUUCAACACGCCAAGUCACUUGGAUUGGGUUGAUUCAACGAGAGAAAUCCACUUCAACAGAACCGUUGAAUGGCCAGUUACAAAACUCCUAGCCGAUAUUGGAUUUAAAGACUCUUACCGGGAACUUUAUCCCGAUCCAGUGAACGAUCCAGCAAACACUUGGUCAACCACCGAGAAAACGAAUCGACUAUUUGGCCGAGAGCCACAGGAUCGCAUUGAUUUCAUUUUGUAUCGGGGAAAUUUGAGACCGAUUGAAAAAAUUUCAUUGAAAAGUCGACAAUUUCCGAUCAGAAAUCUACGCCGGAAGAUCUCCGUUCGAUCGUGGGCAAAAGAACGAUUGGCCCUC